UCCCGCGUUUGCCACCCCCGCCCGCGGAGCGAAGGAGGCGGGUUUUGGCCUCUUGCCCUAGGGAGCGAGUGCGGAGGGAGUGGGAGCGAGACGGCCCGAGUGGAAGUGUCUGGCUUCCUCCCGUAGAGGCCCUGCUGUACGCCCCGCCGCCCAUGUACGCCGCCGUCGUUAGGCCGGCCCCCUAACUCUGCUUCCCCCGGGACAGGCUCACGUCUCUUCGGGGAGGGGGCAUCCUGUAGAGGCGCCUCCAGUCAGCGCCAGCGUCGCUCUGCGACCCUGGAAGCCGGAGCCGCGGCGAGAGGAGGAGCCCCAUCAGCGGCGGCAGCGGGCAGCAGCAGCCACAGCGCCAGCGGGCGGGAUCGAGGCCGUCAACAUGGCGAGCGCUUCGUACCAUAUUUCCAAUUUGCUGGAAAAAAUGACAUCCAGCGACAAGGACUUUAGGUUUAUGGCUACAAAUGAUUUGAUGACAGAAUUGCAGAAAGAUUCCAUCAAGUUGGAUGAUGAUAGUGAAAGGAAAGUAGUAAAAAUGAUUUUGAAGUUAUUGGAAGAUAAAAAUGGUGAGGUACAGAAUUUAGCUGUCAAAUGCCUUGGACCUUUAGUGAGUAAAGUGAAAGAAUACCAAGUAGAGACAAUUGUAGAUACCCUCUGCACUAACAUGCUUUCUGAUAAAGAACAACUUCGGGAUAUUUCAAGUAUUGGCCUUAAAACAGUAAUUGGAGAACUUCCUCCUGCUUCCAGUGGUUCUGCAUUAGCUGCUAAUGUAUGUAAAAAGAUUACUGGACGUCUUACCAGUGCAAUAGCAAAACAGGAAGAUGUCUCUGUUCAGCUAGAAGCCUUGGAUAUUAUGGCUGAUAUGUUAAGCAGGCAAGGAGGACUUCUUGUUAAUUUCCAUCCUUCAAUUCUGACCUGUCUACUCCCUCAGUUGACCAGCCCCAGACUUGCAGUGAGGAAAAGAACCAUUAUUGCUCUUGGCCAUCUGGUUAUGAGCUGUGGAAAUAUAGUUUUUGUAGAUCUUAUUGAACAUCUGUUGUCAGAGUUGUCCAAAAAUGAUUCCAUGUCAACAACAAGAACCUACAUACAAUGUAUUGCUGCUAUUAGAAGGCAAGCUGGCCAUAGGAUAGGUGAAUAUCUUGAAAAGAUAAUUCCUUUGGUGGUAAAAUUUUGUAAUGUAGAUGAUGAUGAAUUGAGAGAAUACUGCAUUCAAGCUUUUGAAUCAUUUGUGAGAAGAUGUCCUAAGGAAGUAUAUCCUCAUGUUUCUACUAUUAUAAACAUUUGUCUUAAAUAUCUUACCUAUGAUCCAAAUUACAAUUAUGAUGAUGAAGAUGAAGAUGAAAAUGCUAUGGAUGCUGAUGGUGGUGAUGACGAUGAUCAAGGUAGUGAUGAUGAAUACAGUGAUGAUGAUGACAUGAGUUGGAAAGUGAGGCGUGCAGCUGCCAAAUGCUUGGAUGCCGUAGUUAGCACAAGGCAUGAAAUGCUUCCAGAAUUUUACAAGACUGUCUCUCCUGCACUGAUAUCCAGAUUUAAAGAGCGUGAAGAGAAUGUAAAGGCAGAUGUUUUUCAUGCAUACCUUUCUCUUUUGAAGCAAACUCGUCCUGUACAAAGUUGGCUAUGUGACCCUGAUGCAAUGGAACAGGGAGAAACACCUUUAACAAUGCUUCAGAGUCAGGUUCCCAACAUUGUUAAAGCUCUGCAUAAACAGAUGAAAGAAAAAAGUGUGAAGACCCGACAAUGUUGUUUUAACAUGUUAACUGAACUGAUUUUCUCACUGAAUGAUAAAUCAAGCUCAUCGAAUCUGAAGAUUGAUGCUUUGUCAUGCCUAUAUGUAAUUCUCUGUAACCACUCUCCUCAAGUCUUCCAUCCUCAUGUUCAGGCUUUGGUCCCUCCAGUUGUGGCUUGUGUUGGAGACCCAUUUUACAAGAUUACAUCUGAAGCACUUCUUGUUACUCAACAGCUUGUUAAAGUAAUCCAUCCUUUAGAUCAGCCUUCCUCGUUUGAUGCAACUCCUUACAUCAAAGAUCUAUUUACCUGUACCAUUAAGAGGUUAAAAGCAGCUGACAUUGAUCAGGAAGUCAAGGAAAGGGCUAUUUCCUGUAUGGGACAAAUUAUUUGCAACCUUGGAGACAAUUGGGGUUCCGACUUGCCUAAUACCCUUCAGAUUUUCUUGGAGAGACUCAAGAAUGAAAUUACCCGGUUAACUACAGUGAAGGCAUUAACACUGAUUGCUGGGUCACCUUUGAAGAUAGAUUUGAGACCUGUCCUGGGAGAAGGGGUUCCUAUUCUUGCUUCACUUCUCAGGAAGAACCAGAGAGCUUUGAAACUGGGGACCCUUUCUGCCCUAGAUAUUCUGAUUAAAAACUACAGUGACAGCCUGACAGCUGCCAUGAUUGAUGCAGUUCUAGAUGAGCUCCCACCUCUUAUCAGUGAAAGUGAUAUGCAUGUUUCACAGAUGGCUAUCAGUUUUCUUACUACCCUGGCAAAAGUUUAUCCCUCCUCCCUCUCAAAGAUAAGUGGAUCUAUUCUCAAUGAACUCAUUGGACUUGUGAGAUCACCCUUGUUGCAGGGGGGAGCUCUUAGUGCCAUGCUAGACUUUUUCCAAGCUCUGGUUGUCACUGGAACAAAUAAUUUAGGAUAUAUGGAUUUGUUGCGCAUGCUGACUGGUCCAGUUUACUCUCAGAGCACAGCUCUGACUCAUAAGCAGUCUUAUUAUUCCAUUGCCAAAUGUGUAGCUGCCCUUACUCGAGCAUGCCCUAAGGAGGGACCAGCUGUAGUAGGUCAGUUUAUUCAAGAUGUCAAGAACUCAAGGUCUACAGAUUCCAUUCGUCUCUUAGCUCUCCUUUCUCUUGGAGAAGUUGGGCAUCAUAUUGACUUAAGUGGGCAGUUGGAACUAAAAUCUGUAAUAUUAGAAGCUUUCUCAUCUCCUAGUGAAGAAGUGAAAUCAGCUGCAUCCUAUGCAUUAGGCAGCAUUAGUGUGGGCAACCUUCCUGAAUAUUUGCCGUUUGUUUUACAAGAAAUAACCAGUCAGCCCAAAAGGCAGUAUCUUCUGCUUCAUUCCUUGAAAGAAAUUAUUAGCUCUGCAUCAGUGGUGGGCCUUAAACCAUAUGUUGAAAAUAUCUGGGCCUUAUUAUUAAAGCACUGUGAGUGUGCAGAGGAAGGUACCAGAAAUGUUGUUGCUGAAUGUCUAGGAAAACUCACUCUAAUUGAUCCUGAAACUCUCCUUCCACGGCUUAAAGGGUAUUUGAUAUCAGGCUCAUCAUAUGCCCGAAGUUCAGUGGUUACAGCUGUGAAGUUUACUAUUUCUGAUCAUCCUCAACCUAUCGAUCCACUAUUAAAGAACUGCAUAGGUGACUUCCUAAAAACUUUAGAAGACCCAGAUUUGAAUGUAAGAAGAGUAGCCUUGGUCACAUUCAACUCAGCAGCACAUAACAAACCAUCAUUAAUAAGGGAUCUUUUGGAUACUGUUCUUCCACAUCUGUACAAUGAAACAAAAGUUAGAAAGGAGCUUAUAAGGGAGGUAGAAAUGGGUCCAUUUAAACACACAGUUGAUGAUGGUUUGGAUAUUAGAAAGGCGGCUUUUGAGUGUAUGUAUACACUUCUAGACAGUUGUCUUGAUAGACUAGAUAUCUUUGAAUUUCUAAAUCAUGUUGAAGAUGGUUUGAAGGACCAUUAUGAUAUUAAGAUGCUAACAUUUUUAAUGUUGGUGAGACUUUCUACCCUUUGUCCAAGUGCGGUACUACAGAGGUUGGACCGACUUGUUGAGCCAUUACGUGCCACAUGUACAACUAAGGUAAAGGCAAACUCAGUAAAGCAGGAGUUUGAAAAACAAGAUGAAUUAAAGCGAUCUGCCAUGAGAGCAGUAGCAGCACUGCUAACCAUUCCAGAAGCAGAGAAGAGUCCACUGAUGAGUGAAUUCCAGUCACAGAUCAGUUCUAACCCUGGGCUGGCAGCCAUCUUUGAAAGUAUCCAAAAAGAUUCAUCAUCCACUAAUUUGGAAUCAAUGGACACUAGUUAAAUGCUUGUUCAAUACUGGGACCAUUACAUUUGACCAUAUAAUGCACUGAAUUGACAAGUUAAUCAUAAGACAUGGAAACAGAAGUGUCUAAAAGCUUCAAAAUGUUCCACUUUUUUUUCCUUCAUGGAGACAGUUUGUUCAGCUUUCUUCCAUUGUUGUUUUGUAGCAUUUAUUUGAGAAAUGUGUAUUUCCAUAAUCCAGAGGUUGUGAAACCACUAAUGUUUUAGUGGUUAGAAGCAACAUUUAAAAUGGAAACUAAAAGUUAGGACUUACAGAGUGUGGAGAUAGGGUCCAGUAUCUAUUUACCCUGUAAUGUUUAGGAUUAAAAUGUUAAAAUUUUGUGACCAUGAA